GGCUCAGAAGCAGUCUAGCAACAGCCGAGCGGGACUCAUUUAGCAUAAAUCAAAAAAAAAGUUUACACACUUUGGAAAGCAAACAAAAAGCAAUGAGCCAGAAACAGUCGAAGCCUCUGAAGGUUAACAAAAUUUCGGUGUUACGAAAAAUGAUAGGUUUGGAUAAAAAGAAGACAGCCAAAGACUGCAUUGUGCCCAACAAUUCUGUGCAGAACAUCCAGAAGCCGGGCUACUACGAUCCCACAAUCAACGCCACGGACCCCAAGCUCAGCGGCAUCAUGACACACAACUGUCCCUACUGCGAGAACCUCGCCAAGAACUUCCUCUACCUGGAGAGCCUCAUACGCAACAACAAGGAGUCCGCGCACAAGUGCAGUGUGUGCCACGCCUCACUUAAGUAUCUGGAGCACGUCAAUCGCAAUGUGCGGCAGGUGUUUGGCAACUCUGAGUCGGUGGUGAAGGCAGAUCGUGCCUUGAGCGCCACACCACCCAUGCUGCCCAAGUACUCGGUGACGCCAAUGGCACAGCGGGCCUCAGGCGGUGCCGUUCUGUCACCGCAAAAGUCACUCAAGACCCUCAAGAAAUCAAAGUCAAAGACAAAGUCCGCAAAGGGGCAGAAGUCUGCUAAGCCGCUGAAGUCACUCAAGUCGCUGAAGACAAUCAAGACCGCUGGAAAGGCGCUAAGCAAGGCGCUGAAAUCCUCCAAGUCCGGCAAGAGCUUGGGCAAGAGCAAGCAGCAGCUGAAGACGGCUUCCACGAGCCAAACCGGCCGAGGGAAGAUGGUGCUCAAGCAGAAGUACAGGAAGGCGGCGAUCAAGGCACCCGGUCUGGCCGCCGGACGCUCCAAGAUUGCUGCCAGUCGCUCCAAGAUGGCAGCCAGUCGCUCCAAGAUGGCAGCCAGUCGCUCCAAGAUGGCAGCCAGUCGCUCAAAGAUGUCCGCCAGUCGCUCGAAGAUGGCCGCCAGUCACUCCAAACUGGGCCAUAAGGCUGGGGCCAAGCAGAAGCAGAAGCUGCCCAAGAAGCGAUCGCAGGCAGUGCCCACGAGCAUCAACUGGAAGCUGCUGAAGAAGAAUCUGCCCAAGCGGAUUCCACUCGUCAAUUAGGUCUCUACACAAUGCUGAAC